AAACGUGGAUGACUUUUAUAUCUUUUAAGGUAAAGAGGUAAAGCUAUAAUAAAAUUCAAAUCGAGGGACUAAUUUCUCUCCAAAGAAACAAAAAAUGUCAAUAGUUUUGUUUUCUUGAUGUAAUGAAAUAAUCAGAAGCCAAGCGAAAAUUGUGUUGAAGAAAGAUGGGAAGGCUGUUCGAGUAUUUCGUAGUGUGUGGGUUGGGUCCGGAGAUGAGAACGGUGGAUAGAAACAAAGGAUAUCAUGGAAUGCGAGUGUUUUAUCAAUCUUCUUUACUCGAUCAAUAUCCUCCUGAUAAUCACUCUCUUUAUCCUCCGCCUCCUCCUCAGCUCCCAAUUUGUGUCCUUCCUGCUGGUGUGGAGUUUUACCCCUCGGGAUUCGAUGCUGAUGAUUCCUUCACAUUUCCAAGAAGUUACCCCAUUGUUUUGACCGAGGGUGAUGGAUCAAAAAUUUAUGUUAGUUGCAUUGCCUUCCGGGAUCCAGUUAGCGAGGAUAUUGCUGAAGCUUACCGCAUUCCCGCAAACUCAUUUGCUGACAAAUGCAUCUGCCUUGUUUCCCGAUCCCCUAGUUUUGGUGUUCUUAGAAAUGCACUGGAAGAGUUAUUUGCACUUUGCUUUUCCCCUGCUGGAAGUAGCAAGCCAUUAUGGGAAGUUAUAUCUCACAUGAUCUCGAAUGUCCCUUUGCCUACUCCUGGAAAGGAUCGGGUCUUGUUUGCCAUUGAGAACUGCCUGCUUUCAUUGGAAGCUCCACCAAAAGAUGGACUCCCCCAUGUUGAUAUGUCAUUUCAGCCAUUGGUACAGUGUUUGGAUGUGGACAACUUACUCAAACUUUUUACUGCCGUGUUACUUGAAAGGAGGAUUUUACUUCGUUCCAACAAGUAUUCACUUUUAACCAUAGCAUCAGAGGCCAUAUGUCAUUUGAUUUAUCCCUUUAGGUGGCAGCAUGUCUACAUUCCAUUGCUAUUUUUCAGUGGAGUAGACUAUAUUGAUGCGCCAACACCAUAUAUGAUGGGUCUUCAUUCAUCUGUUGAUACGUCUGACCUUGCAAUGGAUGGUGUAGUCGUUGUGGACCUUGAGUAUAACCGAAUUAGCACCUCAGAAGAAAUACCCCCUAUUCCAGAGCCAGAAUUAAGUUCUUUGCGGGGUGAGAUACUGAAGCUAUUGUACCCUAAUGUCAUGGGGAUAGAUCAGAUGAAAGCUGGUUUGGUUAACUCAUCUGAGCAAUAUUUAAAGGGCUGCAACAAGCCUUGGGGAGAAGAUCAUGACAUCCAACUUAGGUUAAUAUUCCUAAAGUUCUUUGCAUCCAUUUUAGGUGGAUACCGGAAUUUCCUUGAAAACACUGUGACUCAUGCCUUCAACGCCCAAGCAUUUUUGAAGAAACGCUCUAGGUCAACCAACCAACCACCGGAUCCCAUGAUAACACAGUUCUUAGAUUCCCAUGGUUUCUUGGAUUAUCUGGAGAGAGGUAUUGAUUCUGAUGGAAACAAUAAUAAUCUUCUUGAGAAGUUACAAGACACAAUUGGAAGGGGUCAGAAUCCUAUUUCAAUUCUUUCCACUUCGGUGGUAGAACCUGAGAUUAUAACCAUAUCAGAUCCAGAUGUCGGAAUAUUGGGAUCAGGUGCUAAAUAUACUUAUGACAGGUUUCCUUCAAACAUCAGGUCAGAAGAACAAGAGGAGAAGAGGAAACAAAUUCUUGCAGCAGCAAGUGGAGCUUUUGAAUACAUUAAGCAUGCUCCUAGUUCGCCAUCUGUGCAAGUGGGCAAGGACUCUCUUAGUCCCAUGGAAAGGGCUGCAGAAAGGGAGCUUAUGGUUUUGGACAUUAAAGUUAAACUGCAGGGAUUGUGGCUUCGUCUUCUUAAACUGGGAGCUACUGACGACCCACUUUCAUCAUUUGAAUAUGGCACUAUCCUUGCAUUGAUUGAGUCUGACGCGGAGGGGAUUGGUGGUAGUGGGUUUGUUGAAUGUAUAAGGGAGCAUAUACACUCAGGAUGGCAUUGUCAAUUGACCGAUGAACAGUUUAUUGCGGUGAAAGAACUGCUUAAAACAGCAAUUAGUCGUGCAACAUCCCGGAAUGAUGUGUCAACCAUUAGAGAUGCCCUUGAAGUAUCUGCUGAGAUGUAUAAAAAAGAUUCUAAUAAUGUUUCUGACUAUGUCCAGCGUCAUCUUAUUUCUCUGUCUAUAUGGGAGGAGCUACGGUUUUGGGAGGUGUUCUUUGAGUAUCUAAUGGAGCAUUCUUCAAGCAAGUCAGCCAAUUAUGCAGCUUUAGUGACAACACAGUUAAUUCUGGUGGCUUUACACAUGGCUGGAUUGGGACUUCCUGAUACUGAUGCUUGGCACAUGAUUGAAACAAUAGCAGAGAAGAACAAUAUUGGAUACAAACAGUUUAUAAAACUGAGAGGAUUCUUGUCACAUAUCCAGCAAAUUCGUAUCAGUUACUGGGGAAUAUCUUCUUUAAAGGCCCAAUCAAUGUUGUGUCAUGGAUUGUCAUCUCCACACCCAAAAGAUUCUAUGGAUGAGAAUCAGCAACCUGCAGAAGCUUCUGUUAUUGGCAGGAGCUGGGUCCAAAGCAUGUUUAGCAGAGAUUCAUCCAGAGCAAACUCUUUUGGUCAAGUUCGUAAAGGGUCUUCCAAUGGCACUUCAGUAAAUGAAAAUGGAACCCCAAGAAAACAAGAUUCGUCUGCUGAUGGGCAGAAGAAACUUCAAACCAAUGUUCGCAUACUUAGAGGCCAUAGUGGUGCCGUUACUGCUGUACAUUGUGUAACCAGAAGAGAGGUGUGGGAUCUGGUUGGUGACCGUGAAGAUGCUGGUUUCUUUAUCAGUGGAAGCACAGACUGCAUGGUUAAAAUCUGGGAUCCUAGCAUUCGUGGUUCUGAACUCCGUGCAACUUUGAAAGGGCAUACCAGAACUGUUCGUGCUAUAAGUUCUGAUCGAGGAAAAGUGGUGUCAGGAUCUGAUGAUCAGUCUGUUAUUGUAUGGGAUAAGCAAACAUCGCAGCUUCUUGAAGAGCUGAAGGGUCAUGAUGCCCAGGUUAGCUCUGUCCGUAUGCUGUCUGGUGAACGUGUCCUUACUGCUGCACAUGAUGGAACUGUUAAGAUGUGGGAUGUUCGAACUGAUACUUGUGUGGCAACGGUUGGCCGUUGCUCUAGUGCAGUCCUAUGCAUGGAGUAUGAUGAUUCCACUGGAAUUCUUGCUGCUGCUGGUAGAGAUGCGGUUGCAAACAUAUGGGAUAUCCGUGCUGGUAGGCAGAUGCACAAGCUUUUAGGGCACACAAAAUGGAUUCGGUCAAUUAGAAUGGUUGGAGACACACUGAUUACUGGUAGUGAUGAUUGGACUGCAAGAGUGUGGUCUGUUUCACGAGGAACAUGCGAUGCUGUUCUAGCCUGCCAUGCUGGUCCAAUAUUAUGCGUUGAAUAUUCCAUGUCAGACAGAGGAAUAAUAACAGGUUCAACUGAUGGACUUCUCCGGUUUUGGGAAAAUGAGGAGGGAGGCAUAAGAUGCGUGAAGAAUGUUACCAUUCAUUCAGCUCCUAUAUUAUCCAUCAAUGCUGGGGAACACUGGUUGGGAAUUGGCGCAGCUGACAAUUCUAUGUCUCUCUUUCACCGGCCUCAAGAUAGACUUGGCGGCUUCUCUAGCACAGGAUCAAAAAUGGCUGGGUGGCAUCUUUACAGAACACCACAAAGGACAGUUGCUAUGGUUAGAUGUGUGGCUUCUGAUCUCGAAAGGAAAAGGAUAUGCAGUGGUGGUCGUAAUGGAGUUCUUAGGUUAUGGGAGGCGACCAUCAAUAUUUAAUUUGUAUCACAUUUUUCAUCAGAGUUUCAAUUGUCAAAGGUUGCGGUGAGAAGUGCUUGCAUGUUGAUGGCGGCGCUAUCCAAAUCUGAUAUCAACCUCGGAGCGUGUAAAUUUUCUGAAGCGUUGGAGAUGAACCCCCAAAUUUUGCAUGGGGGCUAAUUUUUGCUGUCUUUAUUGCAUCUUAAUAAGCAGUCACAUAUCUCGGUUUUCUUUCUACGGAUAUCAGCUUUGUACAAAAUAUGAGUUGGGCAUGUAGAGCUAUUUGCCGAUGAUCAAAACACGACGAAGCUUGCUAGGCCAGACCUCAACGACUUGUAUUGGACGAUUGGUUUAAUAUUAUGUUUUCAAUGUAUUUGUUUUCUUGUUGACGUGA